AACGCUUCUUUCAACAGCAGCAACAGUUAGUCAGGGAGCUUGAUAGACAAAUAGCCGAACCAAUAAAGCUCUUUAGACGCUUUAGUGUAUAUUAGCCACUGUGUUUUAAACCCACUUCUGUCGUCUAGUUAGUUAUCCGAUUUAAUUUAAUAUUUAUGCUGUUGUUGUUAUUAUUCAGCUAGCGGGCUGGUUAAGUUAGCAUUAGCCUAGCUAACAUCUCCGACCAUGAGUUCACCAAGCUACUCUCCUUCUAAUGAAGAGAAGGAUAUCACAGUAAAUCAAGAAGUAGGGAGUGGGGCCGUUACUGUGAAAGAAGAGGAGGACGCGUUCAGAGUGAAAGACGAGGAAGAUAUCACAGUAAAACAAGAAGUAGGGAGUGGGGCUGUUACUGUGAAAGAAGAGGAGGACGCGUUCAGAGUGAAAGAGGAGGCUGAUGUCACAGUAAAAGGAGAGGAAGAUGCAGUUUAUGGCGUGAAAGAGGAGGGGGAGGAGAUUACUUUUACAUCGAAAAAGGAGGAGGAAGAAGAGGAGGAACCUGGGUAUCUGGGCCCGGUUUCCCAAACGCAUCUUAAGGCAUCCAAUGGUUCUAACGAUGAAUUUAGCCAUAAGAUGGUUUUUAGAAACCGUUCCCUGAUUAACACUGGAGAGAGACGGGACUACCAUGGGUCCUCUGGGGAGCCUCAACAACCUCAUGACGCUGACGAGGCAGAGAACAGUCUCUCCACAUUAGAACACCCCAAGAAACACCUGCAGAGAUCCACAGGGAAGAUAACUCUCUGCUGCUCUGACUGUGGGAAGAUAUUCACCUCAUCAGGCAUUACAAUUCAUCAGCGAACACACACAGGAGAGAAACCUUAUAGCUGUACUCAAUGUGGGAAGAGUUUUACUACAUUGAGCAAUCUGACUCGUCACCAAAGAACACACACAGGAGAGAAACCGUAUUGCUGUACUCAAUGUGGGAAGAGUUUUACUCGGCUCAGCAGCCUGAUAACACACCAGAGAAUACACACAGGAGAGAAACCUCAUAGCUGUACUCAAUGUCGGAAGAGUUUUUCUCAUUCAUCAGGCCUGAUAUCACACCAGAGAACACACACAGGAGAGAAACCUUCUAGCUGUACUCAAUGUGGGAAGAGCUUUACUCAACAGUGCAACCUGAUAUCACACCAGAGAACACACACAGGAGAGAAACCUUAUAGCUGUACUCAAUGUGGGAAGAGCUUUACUCAACAAUGCAACCUGAUAUCACACCAGAGAACACACACAGGAGAGAAACCUCAUAGCUGUGAUCUGUGUAACAAGAGAUACUCUGAUAAAAGAUCUCUGAUCGAGCAUCAGAAAAUACACACAGGAGAGAAACCUUAUAGCUGUGAUCAAUGUGGGAGGAGAUUUGCUACAUAUGGCAACCUGACUCGACACCAGAAAACACACACAGGAGAGAAAUCUUAUAGCUGUGGACAAUGUGGGAGGAGAUUUGCUACAUCUGGCAACCUGACUCGACACCAGAAAACACACACAGGAGAGAAACCUUAUAUCUGUGGUCAAUGUGGGAGGAGAUUUAGUCGAUCUGGAGAUCUGACAGUGCACAAGAGAACACACACAGGAGAGAAACCUUAUAGCUGUGGUCAAUGUGGGAAGAGAUUUGCUUCAUCUGGCUCUCUGACUCUACACCAGAGAACACACACAGGAGAGAAACCUUAUAGCUGUGGUCAAUGUGGGAAGAGAUUUGCUUCAUCUGGCUCUCUGACUCUACACCAGAGAACACACACAGGAGAGAAACCUUAUAGCUGUGGUCAAUGUGGGAGGAGUUUUAGUCGAUCUGGAGAUCUGACAGUGCACAAGAGAACACACACAGGAGAGAAACCUUAUAGCUGUGGUCAAUGUGGGAAGAGAUUUGCUUCAUCUGGCUCUCUGACUCUACACCAGAGAACACACACAGGAGAGAAAUCUUAUUGCUGUGAUCAAUGUGGGAAGAAUUUUAGUCGAUCUGGAGAUCUGACAGUGCACAAGAGAAUACACACAGGAGAGAAACCUUAUAGCUGUGAUCAGUGUGGGAAUAGAUUUACUCAGUCACACAGCCUGAUACACCACCAGAGAAUACACACAGGAGAGAAACCUUAUAGCUGUGGUCAAUGUGGGAAGAGUUUUAGUUUUACAACUUCUGGCCGUCUGACUCUACACCAGAGAAUACACACUGGAGAGAAACCUUAUAGCUGUGAUCAAUGUGGGAAGAGUUUUACUACAUUUAGCUAUCUAACUAUACACCAGAGAACACACACAGGAGAGAAAUCCUAUAGCUGUGAUCACUGUGGGAAGAGUUUUAUUCGCCUACAAACCCUGAAAUCACACCAGAGAAUACACACGGGAGAGAAACCUUAUAGCUGUAAUCAAUGUGGGAAGAGUUUUACUCAGCUAAACUGCUUGAUAUCACACCAGAGAACACACACAGGAGAGAAAUCUUAUAGCUGUGAUCACUGUGGGAAGAGUUUUAUUCGCCUACAAACCCUGAAAUCACACCAGAGAAUACACACGGGAGAGAAACCUUAUAGC